AUGGAUUUUCGCAACGAAAACGUUGACAUGAGCCAUGGUUCGCGCCGCAGGAGGCGCAGGACGCCCCGCCCGAACCAACCGCCACUUCCUACACGGCUCAUUGAUAACACUGUGUCUGUGGACGCUCCGCAGGACCAGGCCCUCUCUCAACAUCUGCUCAGACAGAACCAAGAGCUGAAGCUACAGUUGGAGAGGGAACAGCAGAGGAACCAGGCCUCCCAGGAAGAGCUUCUCACAGAGAUAGAGAACCUCAAACUGGAUGUAGAGCGGGAUCCAGGCGAGAUUUGGGCCUUCAAAUCUCGCCACCAGGCUCAGUGCGAGCACUGGAUGGAGUACAUGGAGAAUCAGCACAAGAAAGAACUGGAAGCCAAAGACAAUGUCAUCAGGAGUUUAGAGGAUAGGGCUGAGGAUGCUUUUCGUGACCAGAUGCAGGAGGCCAAGGAAGCUGUGGAGGACGAGAUACGCGAUCUGUCUGAAAGAAACGCCAGGCUCGAAACCAUACUGGACCGUAAAGAUAAGAGAGCACAGAGACUCCUGGAUGCAAUCUCUGAGACGUCCCGACAGAAGGCUGCUCUGAGGAACCAGAUCACAGCUCUGCAACAGGAGCUGCAGCAGGAGCAGCAGGAGAAGGAGUCACUGAGGAGUCAGGUGACCCAACUCCAGUCAGAUCUGAGUGAGAGAGACCAAGCCACAGUCACAGCCCAGAGAAAUGUGGAGCAGUUACAGACAGAGACACAGAAGCUGUCAACAACACUGGACUCUCUCACGUCUGCCCUGAACCAGGAGAAGAGUCUCACCAGUGAAGCUGAGCACAAACUGCAGGAGAAGGAGAGAGAGACGAACGAGCUGAAGAUCCAAGUGUCCGCCCUAAGAUCUGCCCUGGACCAGGAGAAGCAGGCCACCAGAGAGGCCCAGACCUCCCAGACUGCUCUGCUGCAGCUGGUAGAGGAGCUCAAAGAGAAGCUUCAGACUGAACAGGAGCAGAUACAGGCCUUCAAAGCACAGUGUGAGAAUGUCCAGAAUGAACACAACAAGGAGCUGGAGGACAAAGAGUGUGAGAUCCAUCAUCUGAAACAACAGAAGGCUUCUGCUUUUGCUGCACAAGUGGAGGAAGCCCGAGAAGCUGUGUGGGCGGAGAUUGCAGACCUGAAAGUCGCCAACUUUGACCUCGAGGUAAAGGUGAUGAAAAGUGAUAAUCGAACCCAGGCCCUCCAGGAUAACCAGAGGGCCGAAGAAGAGAAAAGUCUGAAAGGUCAGGUGACCGAGCUCAGACAAGUCCUGCGAGAGGAGAAACAAGAGACUGAGAAUGUGUGGAGUGAGGAGGAGGAACUAAAGAGCACUGAUAUGAAAAAUACUACAGAACGUCCUGCCUGCAACAGAGACGUCAAAGAAGUCCUCAAAGAGAAGCUUCAGCAGCUCCACCGAGAUCAGCUCUGUUCAGAGAAACAGAGCCGGCUGAUCCUGGAGCAGCAGGUACAGAAGCUGUCUGAGGACCUGACCUCCUCUCAGGACUACAACACUGCUCUGGAGCUCCAGGUUCAUGAGCUCCAGGACAAAGUCAACGGGCUGCACAAGAAGAAGAAGAGGAGGAGGAGUUGGGACAAGUGUGCGGAAUCACAGCACAAAGCCUUGGACAAGCUCAAGCACGACUUCCAAAAUAAACUGGCCUUAAAGCUGAGAGAAGCCCUGGAGAAGCAGCGUCUGGAGCAUGCGGCCCAGCUAAAGCAGCAGAUGAGGGAGGUCCGCAGGGAGUCUGGUCUGGAACUGAGCAUCCACACAGAGAAGAGCCGGACCCUCCUGCUGCAGUAUCAAAGCGACUCGGCCCAGCUCCAACAGAAGUUGGCUGAGCGGGACCAGCAGGUGGAGCGGCUUCGGGGCGAGCUGCAGGAGGAGAGGAGCAGCAGAGAGGACGAGAGGAGGUCUGAGGAACACCGGAGCAGGACACAGGAGCAGAAGGUCCAAGAGGAGAGAGAGGUGUGGAGGCAGCAGCUGUACCAGGCUCAGACUCAACUGCAAACCAUGACCGAGAGGAACACGCUCCUGCACAAAGAGGUGGCCUUCCUGGAGCAGACGGUGCUGAGGGAGUGUGAGGAGAGGGAGGAGCUGACCGCAGCCCUGUCCCAGCAGAGCAGGAGCCGACCCCCCCUGAGCCGGCCCUCCACCCCCCACCACCCCCUCAGGUACCCCCCUCUCACAGACCGGGGCAGGAGAGGGAGUCUGCCCCGCAUCAGGGCCGAUGUAACGGACACAGUGGCUCGUAAGAUCGGUAUCGUGAUGAGACUGAACAAGGCCGCUGCAAAAGAAUAA